AUCACAAUGUGAAGCGAUGGAGUGUAACUGCAGCUACGACAACACGAGCCACGCCAGCAAUGAAAGCAUCAAUAAAUUCUACUUUUACCAGAGCGCCCAGCUAGCGAUCCUGUGGGUGUUGCUAGUGACGAUAAUAGUGGGGAACGCGACCGUCGUGCUGGCGCUGUUCCUCAGCAGGUCGAGGAAGAGCAGGAUGAACUUCUUCAUCAUGCAACUAGCUAUAGCAGAUUUAUGGGUGGGACUAAUAAGCGUCCUACCGGACUUAAUACAGCGGAUCACGAUCUCGUGGUUCGGUGGGACGAUCAUGUGUAAAGUAGUUAAAUAUUUACAGGGUGUAGUUACAUAUUCUUCUACGUACGUUCUAGUAGCAUUAAGUGUAGAUAGGUGCGACGCGAUAUCACAUCCCAUGAACUUCAGCGGGAGCUGGCAUCGCGCCAGGGUACUUGUUGUGAGCGCUUGGAUCAUUAGUUUUUUAUUCUGCGUGCCCAUGUUGUUUCUGUUCGAUGAAGCCAAUAUACAAGGUACACUCCAAUGCUGGUCUAGCCUGAACCAGGUCCAGUGGCAGGUGUGGAUGACCAGCGUAUUCCUGUCACUAUUCGUGACCCCUGCAAUCAUCAUAUCCACGUGCUACGGCGUCAUCGUGGUGACCAUACGACAGAAGAGCAGAAGAGUCUUGAGCAAGAGGGCGGCUGCUGCUCACCAGUAUGGUGACGAUAUGGACAGCCGGCGGGAGAGCGCGCGGGGAAUCAUCCCAAAAGCCAAGAUCAAGACUGUCAAAAUGACGUUUGUCAUUGUUUUUGUAUUCGUGUUCUGCUGGUCACCCUACAUGAUCUUCGACCUGCUGCAAGUGUACGGCUACGUGCCCGACACGCAAGCCAACAUCGCCAUCGCGUCACUCAUACAGAGCCUGGCGCCGCUCAACUCCGCCGCCAACCCCGUUAUAUACUUCAUAUUCUCCAGCCGGAUAUUCCUCAGCUUGAGAAAUAUACCUCCAUAUAAGUGGCUGUGGUGUAUCGCCCCGGAGGAGGUUGGUGGGGAGUCACGUGCUCAUACCGAACUGUUCACGUCGUCCCACCGCAGGACUCGGCAUGAGCUCACCUUUAGGGUAAAAGACGACAGUCUGAAAUAUCCAAGGCGAGUUCAUCAGUUCAACAGCAGCUCGCGUAAAGUCCGACUUCACUUACCAGAUGGUACCAACAACAACUGUCAGCCGAGGAUCAGGGAGGAUACGUUCCUGUAGGGACAAAAAGACUGUAAAAUAAUUUAUGAAACAACUCCACGUGCCAGAUGGUACCAACUACAACUGUCCAAGCAAGAAAUUCCGUCUAACUGUUCAAGGUACAACUUCACGUGGCAGAUGGUACAAUUUCGCCUACAUGAUGAUACCAACAACAACUGUCA